CUCUCUCUCUUAUUCCUCGUCCUCUUUGUUUUCUAGUUUCAUUCAAGACUCUCAUUUCUGCGCCGCUGAAAAGAACCGUAACUGAUAAAUCAGAUUUUAUACAUAACAUCACUCUCUAAUCAGAAGACCAAGACCAUCAAUAUAAACAAGCCCAUGUUACAAAUGCAAUGCGAUAUAUGAGAAGGGAAACCCGCGCUUGAUGGACUGCUUGCACAGUAGCAGUGACAAGAAAACAUUAAAGCGGUGGUUUUUCAUAGACAAAAGAGUUGGUUGAGUGAAAAUAAAAAAGUCUUGAUAGUUAGCACAUAAAAUCAACUUUGUUUGUGACAAAGUCGCACAUAAUAUCAAACACAAUAAUUUCUUGCCUUUGUUGAUAGUUCGUUCGCUUCAAAUAAUAUAGCUCGGUUCAAUGGAUAUGAAGUCCUCUCAUGCUUCUCUUCUCACUGACCCUGUUCCCGUAAACAAGUCAAGGCUUCGAAUGCAUUCUAGUUUGCUCGGUUAUUCCCAACAAGAUUCACCACUCUCUCCUGGGAAGUGCUCAAGAAGCAAUUCAAGGAAAAGUACUGGGAGUGUCGAUGAUGUAAGGUCCAAUGGUUGGUUGGAUGCCAUGAAGGCUUCUUCGCCUCCAAGGAAGAAGCUACUUAAGGGGUCGAGUGCUCAGGUCGCCUCAAUUGACUUUGACAUUGAAGACUACUUUUCAUGGAUGCUUGAAUAUCCUUCAGCGCUAGACUCUUUUGAGAAAAUCAUUGACCUUGCAAAGAAUAAGAAGAUUGCAAUGUUUCUUGAUUAUGAUGGCACGCUUUCACCAAUAGUAGAUGAUCCGGAUUGCGCCUUUAUGUCUGAAUCUAUGCGCACAACUGUGAGAAGUGUGGCAAAAUAUUUCCCCACAGCAAUUAUCAGUGGAAGAAGCCGUGACAAGGUUUUUGAUUUAGUUAAACUAACAGAACUCUACUACGCCGGUAGUCAUGGGAUGGACAUUAUUGGCCCUAUUAGCAGUACUUUGUGCAAAAGUCACCCAGAUUGUGUUAAGUCUACUGACCAAGAGGGAAAUGAGAUAACUCUCUUUCAACCUGCAAGAGAAUUCCUGCCUAUGAUUGAUGAGGUUUUUAGAACCCUCGUCGAGAUUACUAAAGAUAUAGAAGGCGCAAAAGUUGAAAAUCACAAGUUUUGCGCUUCUGUACAUUACCGUAAUGUAGAAGAGACUAAUUGGACAACGAUUGGACAACGUGUCCAUGAUGUUUUGAAAGAUUACCCUCGCUUACGUUCAACUCAUGGACGGAAGGUUUUAGAAGUCCGUCCUGUGAUUGAUUGGAAUAAAGGAAAAGCUGUUGAAUUUUUACUUGAAUCUCUAGGGUUAACUGAUAGCAAUGAUGUGCUUCCCCUAUACAUCGGAGAUGAUACAACUGAUGAAGAUGCAUUCAAGGUGCUGCGAGAGAGCAACCAUGGUUAUGGGAUUUUGGUUUCGUCGGUUAGGAAAGAAAGCAAUGCCUUUUUCUCUCUCCGAGACCCCAAUGAGGUCAUGAAAUUUCUCCAACUCUUGGUGAAUUGGAAGAGACAAGAAAGAAAGCAUGGGAAGAAGUAAACGCCAAAGAUUAUAUAAUAUAUGGAUAGCAUUUUAUUUUAUACCGAUUACAUAGAUUUUAUAGAAUUGAUUAUUUCUUCCUCCAUCUUCGUUACUAAUAAGUUAUUAUAUAUGAAUGGAAGCUACUGGAUUCUGUGGAUU